CAAUACAACGCCCAAUACAAGUGUUAAUUUAUCACCUUGCCCUAAAUAUUUAGCAUGAGUGUUUUAUUUCCUCAUAAUAACCCAAUCAAAACCCCUGGGUUUUUUGGGUCCAAAAGCUCUCUGUCCAUUCCUCGCAGAGAACAAAAAAUGAACUUUCUGUAAGGCUUGUCCUCAAUUUCAAUCCUUUGAAGCAGGCAGCUGAAGGGCUUCAAAAUCCUUAAAUAAACAUGUUGAGAUGAUGUAUUGUUCUUGAACAGUGGAAAAGCCAAUGGACUCUACCUAAAUGUUUGCGACAUUGCCAAAACAAUCUCUGUAAGACGCUUGAAACAAUGUUAACAACACGAAAGCUACUUCACAGGGCUCGCAAAGUCACAUCUUGUAUCAAAAUCCUGAUAACACCUAUCAGAGAAGUCAAUUCAAUUCCCCAAUUCAAUAGAAAACAAUUCGCAGACAAUGGUUUCUAUUGCUCUUCCCCUGCAUUUUUAGGGAGAAUACCAAUCAGGUUUUGCAGCAGCGCUUCUGUUAUGGAGACAGUAGAUUGGAACCAGAAGUGGCCCGCUGUGGACGCAUGUGAGGAAUCCAACAUUGAAGCACUUGAUAAGAACCAAGGAACUUAUAUUACAGUCAAGGCAUACUUGCUGGGCACGAGUGUGGACUUGAAAGGUUUGCAAACGGAGCAUGUGUUCGACGUGGUUCCACCCAAUUCUCGUAGCGCCAACAAUGUCGUGCUGAGGGUGUCGUCCAAUAACAUGCUUGAACAUUCUUCUACAAAAACUCAGGGCAUAGAAGCUAGGAAUGAAUCUUGGAGCAACCAUCGCCACAUGGUAGUCUUCCAAUAUGGCUCUGUUGUAUUAUUCAACUUUGCAGAGCAGGAAGAAGAAGGAUAUUUACAAAUUGUGAGAAAAUAUGCUUCUGAUUUGCUUACCGAGACAAGAAAAGAUGAUUAUGCUAUAGUGGAGAAACCAUCAUUGGACACUUGGAUGCGGGAGGGUCAUGACUAUAUAGUGCUGAAGAGGUUUGAUAUUGACUGCAUUCGUACUAUUGGAAUUGUGCUUGGACAAAGCAUUGCCCUUGACCACUUUGUUCGACAGGUAGAUGGUAUGGUGGCAGAAUUUAUUGAUUUGAACAAAGGAAUGGAGAAGACAGGCACAUUUACCAUGAAGCGCAAAAAGCUUUUUCAACUUGUUGGACAGACAAAUACCAAUCUUGCAAAUGUAAUUUUCAAGCUUGGGCUUUUUGAAAGGUCAGACGUUGCAUGGAAAAAUGCAAAAUAUGCACAAAUUUGGGAGUAUCUUCGAGAUGAAUAUGAAUUACAACAGCGAUUUGGGAGUCUCGAUUACAAACUAAAGUUUGUAGAGCAUAAUGUCCGCUUCUUUUUGGAGAUACUGCAGAAUAGAAAAUCUGAUGCUUUGGAGUGGCUUAUCAUAAUUCUACUAAGUGCAGAAAUAAUGAUUGGCCUCUAUGAUAUCAUUCGAAACACAGGCAUGGAUCAUUUCACUAAUUUUUAGAAACAGAAUAGUUGACUUGAAGGUGGAAAAUCACAUACAGCAAUUGGAUUAUGAGUAACCUUUCCUGGCUGAUAUUCUUUAAGUAUUCACAAUUUUUUUCUUGUUAUUGUAUUCAAUUAUUUCUGCAAAAAUCAUGAUAAAUGCUGUUCUCAAAAAAUUGUAUACUAUUUUUUUUCCAAGAUUUUGACAAUAUGUUGUCAAUCAAUUACCUGUCAGUUACAAUAAUCUUUGGUGGAAUUUUAAGCAUUCCACAUGUCUAAUUUAUGAAAUCUAGGACAGGUCAACUUGAACCACAAUUGCAUGACCUUGGUUUCCAUAAAUUAGCAAUUCCCUGCAAUUUUUGUAAGAUUAUUUUUACCAAAACUGCAUGAGUAUCUUACGUGGUUGACAUUAAUAAGCCAAUACCUAAAUUUUUUCUUUGCAA